AUGACUGGUGAUAGGGGUUUGGCGGCUAAGAUUGGGAUGUUACUUUGGCACAUUUGGAAGGAUAUGAAUAAGGCGGUUUGGGAGGAUGUUAUUCCUAGUCCGAGUUGUACGGUGGUUCUGGCCAAUCUAUGUCGGGAGGAGUGGGUGUUAGCUCAGGAUACCUCAUCGGCGCCUGCUGUGGAGACGACCUCUCCUGUGAGUUCUGAGUCGUGCAUGGGAUGGCAUGGCAUCCAAGCUGGCUGGGUGAGAUGUGGUGUGGAUGCGGCUUUCUUUGAGCAUGAUAAUACCAUGGGGAUUGGUAUGGUGGUGAGGAACAAUGUCGGGGAGUUUUUGGCUGGAAAGGCUAUGAAAUUUCCACGUCGUCGUGAUGUUGUAGAAGGGGAGCUCAUGGGCGUGAAGGAGGGACUUUCAUGGUUGAAGAGUCUUGGCUAUUUGCAUGGCUAUGUGUGA